UCUUUUGUUUUGAAAAAAUAAACCUAAUGUAUACAGUCUCUGGGGUCGCUCCUCCCGUCGAAUUCUCUCCCUCUCUCGGCUGAUCUCCCUCCCUCAACCUCACCGUGUACGCCGCCCCCCGCCGUCGACCUCUCCGUUUUCGCCGCCGCCGGCCCCUCGGCCACCCUCACUCGUUGCCGACCCCGCCUCAACCUCCCUCUAAUUCUUUCUGAUUUGAAACAUUUCCAAACUCAAGGUUUCAAGCAGAGGGAUUUCAUUUCUCUGGUGAAUUUUCAUUCGAGCUAGCAAUUUCGUGAUCAUGGUUGGUUGGCAGAGAUAUAUACGAUCCAUGCUUGGUCAUGUGCAAAAGAGAGUGGAAUCGAGUUACAGUUUAGCUGCCAACUCUAGUUAUCGUUUGCAAUCCUCUCUUUCAUAUGGGGAAUUGCCUUAUUUACAGAGACUUUUGAAGCCAUCCUCUGCAGGCAUUGUACAACCUGAUUUUCGGUGUCUCCAACAGAUGGGAAUUUCCAGCUCAAGGAUGUUAUUAGCAGAUAAAUCUGAGGAAGCAGUCUCAUCUCCUCUGACCUCUGCUUUGGCUUUAAGCAGCGGAAAAGAUGGAGAUCAAAAAGACCAAAAAGUAGUCUGUAAACCUUCCAAAGUCCAAGCUAUAUUAAAGGGAAUCAAACAGAGUCCCAAAAAAGUCAACUUGGUUGCUGCUUUAGUUCGAGGCAUGCGAGUUGAAGAUGCACUAAUGCAGUUACAAUUAACUGUGAAGCGAGCUUCAAAAACUGUUUAUCAGGUUAUCCACUCAGCCAAAGCAAAUGCAACCCACAACCAUGGAAUGGAUGCCGAUCGGCUCCUUAUUGCUGAAGCAUUUGUGGGUAAGGGAUUCUUUAUGAAAAGAUUAUCAUAUCAUGCUAAAGGAAAAUGUGGAAUCAAAGUUAGACCAGAAUGCCGACUAACUGUUGUUCUUAGGGAGACAACACCUGAAGAAGAGGCAGAGAUAGCAAAGCUUAAAGUUAGCAAUUUCCGCAAGCUUACCAAGCGUGAAAACCGACUUGUACCUCAUAAGCUUAUUGAAACAACACCUAUCUGGAACCGGAAGGGCAAAGCCAAAACGAAUGCAGAAUGUUGAAAGGCUGCGUAGUAUAUGAUAAUAACUGGCUUCCAGUUGAGUUUCCUUAUCUCUUUCUACCAUUGCAUUGUUACUUUCACGUCCUUUGUUCUAGACAAGUUAGGCAGGAAAAGGGAUUUUAAUGUGGUAGAAUGCCCUCAGUUAAGGAUAAAAUGUUCUUUAAUGACAUUUUUGAUUCAUUUACCUAGCUUGUUUUUAUAGAUUCCUUGAUCUCUUUUCUUCGUCCAUUUCAAUUAUGAGAUCUCCAAGAAGGAUUCGUACUUCAUAUCUAAGGCAAGUUGUAAUCUUCAUCAUUCUCUUUGAUAUGGCUGGUUUAGAAGCUUCUGCAUUGCCAGUUUGUUUGGAGGUGAUUUUUUAUUCCUCAAUUAGUGCCGAGUCGGUUUGAUUUGGCGUCAGCUUCAAGUCUCUCCCUCCCAUUCAUGACUCUAAAACUUCUGAGUUGAAAAUUUGGCCCUUUGUUGGCAGUUCUCCAUCUCAAGCAAUUCUUUUUGCAACAUUUUAUGCAUUCGUCUAUUGGAGGGAUCUUUUUUGUGUUUGAAAUAUAUGCAGCUGUGUUAUAUUCUCAGAUAAUUUUCAA